AUGAAUGCUGGAUUUCAUACAGAGAAUUGCGGUCAGGGUGGUGAGGCGGCCGCGUGGUCGGAGUGGAGCGGGCAGCGCGCGUGCGCCGCAACCGUGGAGCAGGUGCGCGACCGCCUCGCUGACGGCGCGCCCUUCUGUGCCUCGCUUCAUGCUCUACUCACACAUCUCGACUUAGACGAUCUGAUUAACUCUACGGACAAUAACUGUGAAGAGUUAAGAGUGCGCUUCGCCGAUCACACCGGGGAACUGACCGCUCGUCUUCCAGCAAAUAUUUUACAGAACACGUUAGGUUACACGACGCAACAGUUAAAAGCGAUGUCGUCAGAAGAACGGGCAGCUGUCCGCUGGCGCCUGCUGCUGGAGCAGUGCUGCGCCAAGUUGGCCGCCACGCCGCCGCGCCUCAUCGUGCUCUCUCUGCGCAAAGCCAACCCUGCCGACCCUAUACCACUUUACUAAGUUUAAUGUUGCCAUUCAUUGAUUCCUUAAUAAACUCUAAUGUAGGCUAAUUAAUGACGAAAACCUUUUCGUUAUUGUCUAAACAUAGACAUAAAUAAAAAAAUUACUUACUAAAGUUAUUUUAUUGCUCCUUUUCAAAGAUUCAUACAUUCAUAAAAGUGAACAUAUUUAGCUUUUGCAAAAACACAUACAUUUUUAUUCUAUUCGUACAAACCAAUUUAAUGAUCAGAAUAAAGAAGGAGUAAGAAAUAUAAAGGUAGUACCUACAGUAGCAACGGUAUUGAUUAAAUAACAUCGAAAAUUAUGGAGAAACCAGAAAAAAAUGAAAUCACUUAUGAAUAUAUAAGGAAGAGAAAAGAGUUUGGAAAACAAACUUUAUUCGAAGAUUAUGGCCCUGAAAUGUGUGUCAGUAUUCCAUGCAAUCCUAGUCAGUAUAAAAAUUAUAUACUACGCAAUCCUGUACAUGUCGCCGUACAAAAUGCUCCAAAUAUGUCCGAAAACUGGGUUAAUUCAACAAGGUAAUGUAUUUGUAUGUGUAAUUGUAACAUAAUUGUUAUAAAGCCCCAAUUAAAAUUUUCGAUAUUUUAUAAAAAAAUGACGAAAGGAAUAAUGAUAUAAUUGUAACUUACAAGUAAUUCAAAUUUGUUAAUAGUCUCACAAUUAAUUCGUUACAAAUUAACUUUAUAAUAUAACUAGCUAUCGCCCGCGUGGAAUUAAAAAAAACGUAAUAAGUAGCCUAUGUGUUCUUCCAGACUAUGUUCUUAUGACAAAAGACUGUCUUAUUAAAGACUAUGCCAAAUUUCAUAAAGAUCCGUUGAGCCGUUUCAGAGAUACUUUCAAACACCUGUCCAUCCAUCUAAACAUUCGCAUUUUUAAUAUUAGUAAGAUACUUGGUAUUGUUGGUAAGUUAUAGGGCGGAGUAUACAAGUUCAGGUAUAAACCAUGUCGAAGGUGGCUGGCCUAAGGAUAUAAACAUGAAUGACCCUGAAGCCAAACAA